GUGUGUGUGUUUGAGUGUGUGAACUGAGCGGAGGUGAAGAAGAGGAGGAUGAAGCUGGGAGCGGAGGAUGGGAGGAAGAGUGGAGUAAGAGACAGGCUAGCUAUCAAGGGCUGUGUGUGCAUGCCUGCAAGUGUGAAUGCGUGAGUGAGUGAGGAAGAGGCACAGGGAGGUCGUUAACGGACUGAAACAAAGACUACAUUUUUGGUACCCCCAAAACAUUGUAACGGAAACUUUAAACUUUUACCCGCCAGAGCUUGGCUGCCGUGCCGGGUCCCGGCUUUGUUUCACGGCGGGGGAGGUCCACGAUAAAUGCAGGUAUAAAAUAGCUUCAGAUCGACAUUUUUCACGCAAGAGGGGGGAAUCCCUGGAACUGUGUUUGUUGCGGGUUACGAGAGAAUGGCGGCCAACAUGUACCGAGUCGGAGAUUACGUAUACUUUGAGAAUUCCUCCAGCAACCCGUACCUGAUCCGCAGAAUAGAGGAGCUGAACAAGACUGCCAAUGGGAACGUAGAAGCCAAAGUGGUGUGUCUGUUCAGGAGGCGGGACAUCUCAGGCAACCUCAACACCCUGGCCGACAGCAAUGCACGAGACUUUGAGGAGGAGUCCAAGCAGCCUGCCGUGUCUGAACAACAGAAACACCAACUGAAGCACAGAGAGCUCUUCCUCUCUCGGCAGUUUGAGUCCCUCCCCGCCACACACAUACGAGGAAAAUGCAACGUCACACUCCUGAACGAAACAGAUGUCCUGGCUGGCUACCUGGAGAAGGAGGACUGUUUCUUUUACUCGCUGGUGUUCGACCCCGUCCAGAAGACCCUCCUGGCUGACCAGGGGGAGAUCCGGGUGGGAUCCAAGUACCAGGCUGAGAUCCCAGACAAGCUGGCUGAAGGUGAAGCCGACAGCCGCGUGCAGGAGAAGCUGGAGACCAAAGUGUGGGACCCCGACAACCAGCUCAAAGACCCCCAGAUCGACCAGUUCCUGGUGGUGGCACGGGCCGUGGGGACGUUUGCCCGAGCCCUAGACUGCAGCAGCUCCAUCCGCCAGCCCAGCCUGCAUAUGAGCGCUGCAGCCGCGUCCAGAGACAUCACACUGUUCCAUGCCAUGGACACUCUGCAGAAGAACGGCUACGACCUGGCCAGGGCCAUGUCCACGCUGGUGCCCCAGGGGGGGCCGGUGCUCUGCCGGGACGAGAUGGAGGAGUGGAGCGCCUCCGAGGCAAUGCUGUUCGAAGAGGCGCUGGAGAAGUACGGCAAGGACUUCAACGACAUCCGCCAGGACUUUUUGCCCUGGAAGUCUCUAGCCAGCGUGGUUCAGUUCUACUACAUGUGGAAGACAACUGACCGCUACAUCCAGCAGAAACGUCUGAAGGCGGCGGAAGCGGACAGCAAGCUCAAACAGGUCUACAUCCCAACAUACACCAAGCCCAACCCCAACCAGAUCAUGGCUCCAGGCAGCAAGCCUGGCAUGAACGGGGCAGCAGGCUUCCAGAAAGGACUCAGCUGCGAGAGCUGCCAUACCGCCCAGUCAGCCCAGUGGUACGCCUGGGGCCCUCCCAACAUGCAGUGCAGGCUGUGCGCCUCCUGCUGGAUCUACUGGAAGAAGUACGGGGGCCUGAAGACCCCCACGCAGCUAGAGGGCGCCGCCAGAUCUGGCUCCGAGUCCACCCCCCGCGGUCACAUGACCCGCCAGGAGGUGCAGGGGCUGUCCCCGUUCACCCGGAGCGAGGGGCGCGCCAAGCUCCUGGCCAAGAACCGGCAGACCUUCAUCCUGCAGACCACCAAGCUGACGCGCAUCGCCCGCCGCGUCUGCACGGACAUCCUGCAGCCGCGGCGGGCCGCCCGGCGCCCCUACGCCUCCAUCAACGCCAACGCCGUCAAGGCCGAGUGUAUGAUCAGGCUUCCUAAAGCCACCAAGGCCCCUAUAAAGAACAGGUCCAUCCCUCGACCGUCCCUGGCCACCAUAGUGAAGGAUCUGGCCGUGCAAGCCCCCCUGAAGUUGAAGGCUCCCAGAGGGACCCCGACACCCAUCAACCGUAACCAGGCCAAUCAGCCUCGCGGGGGCUCUGGGCUGCUGGGAAAGAGGCCCUUUGAUAGCGCAGCGGGGCUGCCCUUCUCCACCAAUGGGAGGCCGUUCACGUCGGGAAUGCGGACCACCUCUCAGUCUGUGAUCAAGCGUCAGAAGGUGAACCAGGGAGACGCCCCCAACCCUGUGGUGUUUGUGGCCACCAAAGACACCAGAGCUCUGAGGAAACACCUGACCCAGUCUGAGAUGCGCCGGGCUGCCAGGAAGCCCCACCUGCCUGUCAGGAUCAAGCUGCCUCCCCGGCCCCUGGCCACACCCAUCCUGCCCUCCAGCACCAGCGAGCCAAUCGUUCUGGAGGACUGAGGGGGGGGGGGGGGGGGCGGAGCCUGUUCAAGACACGGUGUAGGAGGGCGCUCUUGCCGGUCCUCUGCUACGCAGCGCACGCCAUACCAGUCGUCUUUUGUUUUGGUGUUUUUUUAUUGUUUUUUUUUUUUUCUUUUUUUUUUUCUUCAUCUUCUGUUACUUCCCCAAAAUGCAAUUGUGCUUAUUUACA